UCCAGUCGAGGUGGAGAAAGUUCAGUUUCGAGAAGUUCAGGUGAAGUUGAGCGAAUCGUGGACAAGUUUGUUGAUGUGCCGGUGGAGAGGAUUGUACACCAUGACAAGAUAGUGUACCAAGACAAGAUAGUCUACAACGAUAAACCUGUCGAAGUUCCCGUGGAGCGCAUGAUAGCCAACGAGAGUCUUGACACCUACUCCAGCAGUCUGAGAAGAUCUCUUGUAGACGUCAACUCGCACAAGGUCGGGUUGGGUCUCGUGCUCCGAGUCAACAACGACGGAGAGAUUGUGAUCAAGGAGCUCAUUCAUGGUUACGCCGCUCAGCGUCAGGGAGGGCUGCGUGAAGGUGACGUCCUGGUCACCAUCGACGGCCACAAAGUGCAGGACUACAACUUGGAGGAGAUCAAGAACUUGACCUUCGGAGAGGAAGGAAGUUUGGUCACUAUCGACAUUCGACGGGAUGGGACCGACCAGAAGGUGACGCUGCAGAGAAUAUCAGGAGCAGGCCAGUCCAACACUCUCAUGUCCUCCGUCCGCUCCUCGUAUGCUGAGAGCUGAAGAAUCAGAAGCAGGCGGUGCGAAGUCGCUGAGAAAGGAGGAGGAGGAG